GUACGCCUCAUCCUCUGAAAUAUCGUGCUGGAUUUGUAAUUUCAUUCGUGUGUGGUACUCGUGCUCGUCUUGUGUUUCAAACGAGUCAUGGUUGGACAAAAACAAAGUUCUGACGUAUGAAGUCUGGAUACCAUCCAAACUGGAAUUUCGCUUGCGUGGGCUUCGGUGCGCCCUACCAAACAUUCCAGUGAAACAGAUAUACGACAGACCUUCGUAGUAUCACAUUCACCUCUCCACAUGCACGAUCUGGAAUAUCAACUUGAAGACUAUGGAGAAGACGUAAUUCUCCUCCCCAGCGAAGGCUUCAUUUCUGAGCCCCGCAAGGCAGAUCCUGCUUCCAAACGGUCCACUUGGACCAAACUCGGACACUCUGUCCUAACAGUAGCUUGUGCAUGCGCGUUGUAUGUCACCUCCGCCAGCAUUUCUGGGCAACAUAAUACCUAUGGUUUGCGGCAGCCGAACCAGUAUCCUGGUUUGGAAUUCACUGAAGAGCUCGCACACAAAGGACCUAUGACGUACUUUCCAAGCAAAAUCGUACGGGUGAACAAAGCCUUACCUGACCAAGUGCAUACUUCGGGCUCACAUGUCAUAUUGAGAGACGACGAUUCAAUGUUCUUCCAAUGGCACCUACGCAAGUCGAAAUUCACAUCUUGCUAUAUCGACAGUGUUGUUGCCACUCCCGAAGAUGAUCUUGCGGCCAAAAAGACCUACACUUCAUCUGGCUCCCUCACCCAGAUUCAAAUUUGGAAUGUCAUCACUCCUACAAAAUCCAUGAAGAGCCUCAGCUGGAACUCGCGACACCAACGAAUUGCACUAAUGGGCACUGUCUCAUUUCUUCCUGAGAAAGAGAAGAUAGAGCGGCUGCAAUUACAAGAUGGAUGGCAAUACUGACUUUCGACUUGGUGGAAAUAGGGUAGUGUAUCAGUGCUUGAUAAAAGUAGGCUUUGACUCAUAGCGCUGUUACCUGCGCUUGCUCUGCAGAUCAAUGUACCCUUAGCACAGUUUUUUGUGGCCU